CUCCUCUCUCUCUCCUCUUUCUCUUUCUCCCUUCCCCUCUCUCUAUCCCCCCCCUCCUCUCUCUCUCCCCCCCCUCCUCUCUCUCCCCCCCCCUCUCUCUUUACAUUGUACACAGCCAGUAUUCCCGCCGCCGUUGUAUGUCCGCAGUCUCUGGUCAUCUCAUGUAGUAUGUCCGCAGUCUCUGGUCAUCUCCUGUACUAUGUCCGCAGUCUCUGGUCAUCUCCUGUACUAUGUCCGCAGUCUCUGGUCAUCCCCUGUACUGUGUCCGCAGUCUCAGGUCAUCUCCUGUACUAUGUCCGAAGUCUCUGGUCAUCUCCUGUACUGUGUCUGCAG